AUGCCUGCUUUUCCCGUGCGGGUGGCGGACGACCAGCGCUACUUUCCUCUGGCGAGUCUGUCUAUUUAGGCUGCGCAUCACUAGCAUCCCUGCUUUGAGGGCCGUCUGAGAAAUGGGAAACAGCCAUAAGACAGCCCUGUGUGUCUUGCGGUUGGUUGUGGGGAGAUGACUAUGAUCUCUCCUCGGUCUUACUGGGAAGGAUAUGUCGAUCAGCGGGCUGGGCUUUCGUUGGGAAAUGCCGUGCAAUUAAGAAAGACAGGUAGUUUCCUACCCACAUAAUCAGACAAAAACUGACCGCUGAUAAUAAAGUCCCGUUUUCAAUAAAGCUUUGUGACUGAGAGUGCAAUCCUUCUCAGAAGAAUGCCUGAUUGAGUUGAAUAGGUCUUGGUCGCUAACAAAUGCGUAUAGGUUCGCAGCUUAAACCUGAAAACCAUGCCCCCUCCUGACUGUGAUCUCUUAUAUAUAACGCAGUGGCCAGCAGCGGGGCAGAACAAGAAGUGGAGAACCUCUCCGGCCUGUCUUCGAACCCCGAAAAGGCUAUUUUUGUAGUUCGCGAAAAUGGAACGACCUGUCUUAUGGCGGAAUUCGCGGCGAAGUUCAUCGUUCCCUAUGACGUGUGGGCCAGCAAUUAUGUAGAUGUAAGGAUCUUGCGCGCGAGUUCUCGCUUGCCCCAUCUCUCUCCAAACACGCACGCACACCGACUCCACCAACUUUGUGCAUUUUGUCAUCCAAUAAAAGAGCCGGAAGGUUUAGCUUUAGUAUUUCUGAAAUGUUUGUUGAUUUGAAAUACUGUGUGACUGAGAGGGAGGGAGAAGCAGGAAUAAUCUAGAAUAUGAGGAUCCCAAGCAUGUUUCGCCUUAGUUCUUGCCUGAUGUUGCUAAGGUAAUGCAGAUCCCCAGCUCCCCACACACAAGAAGAAAAUUAAAAAAACAACAACCCACACCGAAUUUGCAAGUAGUUAAGCUUGGAAUGAGAAAAGAUUGUACUCGGAGAAUAAACGCCCCCGCUCUCUCGCUCUCCCACCCCAAGGAAUGCUGGCUCCUAUCUAUUGCUGGGGAUUCUUGGGUUUAAUGCUUUUAUAAGUGCAUAAAACUUGCUUUUUCAUAUGGGAGUGGAAAAGAGAUCUGACCAUAUCUAACUGCCCAUCUUGAUCCUCCGGGACGGGGAGGCGGGUGGUGGUGGAGAGAUUAUGGGCAAUUAUUCUACCUGGCUGUGAACAGAGAAAUCCGCUCAUUUCUAUGACCCCGCACACACCUGUAUUCAUUCCAUCUGUUGUGGGCUGUUGUUAUAGCAGCAUCGGGAAAAGGGGGAUGUCGACUCCUCCAUGUUUCCCUUGACAGUCUCUUUGAGAGCCUUUUGCCUCGGAUAAAAUCCUUAAUAAAGGUUUUUUUUUGGGGGGGGGGAGGUCGUUGAACUUCGGGGUGCGGGGAGGUCGUUGGACUUCUCCGUUGACUGAGCCUGUUGUGCCCUUGUGUCCAGCUGAUCACAGAGCAAGCCUACAUCCCGCUUUCCCGGGGAGCAGAAGAGCAGGGGAAAUGCGGCAGCAACGAAGCCGAACUCCAGAUUUUUUGGAUAGACAAAGCUUACACCCUGCGACUUUACUUUGUCAAGGUAAAUAAUGGCGACCGCAGGGUCACCCGCGUAGGAGCCCAGAAACUCAGGAAGAGUCAAAGGAGUGGGGAUGAGAGACGGAAGGAAAUAAAGGGGAGAGCAUGAGAGAGAAGAUGAGAGGCAGAGAAAACGGGCGGUCAAAAAACACCAGGAUGGCAUUGUAUUUUAUUUUUCUAGUUCGCACAGUAUCCUUACUAAAGGCCCACGAAGCGGUUAUUUCCCCGCAGCUUCUAAGUUCUUUCAUGCCAUGACAGAUCUGAGCAGCAUUUUUAUUUAUUGGGAGGGCGCAGGGUUCCCAAAGCUCAACCCAAGUUCUCACCAAGCCGAAACGGGAUGCGGAGGGUCCCAAGGGGAUGCGUCCUUAAUAUCAUCCGUUUGUCUUUCCGUCUAUCUCUCUCUAUCCGCCCCCCCUUCCCUUCCCUUCCCCCGGUCUCCUCCAUCUCGAAAUCGACAGGAGGGUCGCAACACCAGCACAGGGCCCGAGGCCUGGUGGAAAAUGAACAAAGUCCAGUUCGUCUACGACAGCUCCGAGCGCACCUACUUCAAGGACGCGGUUAACCGUAAGUCCUGAUGUGCUAUGAGAGAGAGAGAGAGAGAGGCCUAGGAAAAUCUAGAGAGCGGGUUUGUUUGGUGGCAGCGGAUCAGGAGAGGAAGAAGACGACCUGGAAUUCUCCAUCACCUUCUUUGGAAAAGCGCGGGGGGGGGGCUGUCUGGGCUAGGGUUUGAGUACACAACACAGAGCACAACACAGCGAAAUGCAGUCUUGAUUUUGUGGGCUCUUCAAGUCCGGAUUGCAACCCCGGCCUUUGCUUCUUUGUGCCAGCUCGCUCUGCUUUCACACGGAGCGUCGCUUCUCUCCGGUUUUUUGUCCGCUUUGCCUACCUUAGGCUAGAUUCCUCUACACCCCCAAGCCCGCACUGCGGAUAAAAACCGCAUCCCUUCACCUCAAACCACCCUCCUUCCCUUGGGUGGAUUGAGCACAUGCCCGGAUUCGGGUGGAUUUAGGCGCUGAAUCCCCGCCUUCUCUCUCCCCCUCCCCGCCUGCCUUGUUUCUCAGCGCUCUCCUGGAAGGUAGGUCCCUUUCCUGUGCGCAAAAUCGACUUAUUUCAAGAGGCAUCUUUCUUCUGCCUUUGGGCCGCCUCGAAACAGUGAACAAGGCCACGCUUUUCAGGAGUGAACGAUUCGACAGAUUAGAAGCCGAUUUCUGUCAGUUCGGAGCCUUUUGAAACGAAGGGGUGGCCCGACACGUUACAAAGAACCGCGGGUGCAAUCCGAUGCCUAUUUACCUGGGAGUAAGUCCUGCUCAACUCAAGGGAGUCUACUGUGUUAUCAUUGCCUAGGAUUGCGUUGUGCGGCUGCGAUCAAACUGAACUCAGUAAGACUCGCUUUGUAAGGAAACGUUCUUCCCUUCGGGCUGCAAGUCUGGUCUAUGCGCACCUUUCAACAGAUAGGGCUUGCUACAACGGUUUCUCCGAAGACCAAAGCAAUAAAUUAAUUAAAUGUAAAUACAAAAAACCCUCCGAUAGAGUUGCCUUUCUGGCGUGUUAAGAAGAAAGUGCAAAAUGGUAAAUUAAAAACCAAAAGCUACAUGCUACUACUCAUCGCAGGAAGAAAAGACCACAUCGGUUAUUUACAGCAACGUGCCAGAACUAAAACCGGGGGGAAAUAUUAUUAGGAAAAUGAAAUGUGCUCUUAACUCACAAAUUAAAACUGGUCUCCAUUGGCACUGGUCUCCAUUGGUAAAGGUGAUCCAGUGAAAGCUUUAAUAGAUGGAUUUGCUGCCUAUAUGAUUUGUCUCUUGUACCUAUAGUUUAGGCUUCGUUGGUAAAGUAUUUUUGAGUUUUACAGACUCAGAUUUGCAGGUAUGGGUGAAUUUCAUGCUCUUAUUGCAAGCACUUCAGAACGUAGAGACUGGGCUCCUAAACCUGUCUUCAAAUGUAAAUAACAAAACCAACUCCUAUUGUUUUUCUUGUUAUUGCUUGGACUUUGGGACUGUUCUUUCUAAAUGCUCUUUUUUAAAAAAAACCGAAGCCACCUCAGUUUUCCCUUCACUGAAAUGGUGGUGGUGAUUGCUUCAUCCUGAAUACAUCCAAAUGCCCUAGAAGAUGUGGGCAGCUUUUGGUGUAGUUUGUCUGUUGAAGAUGAUUCUGUCUCAUUUUCUAGCAUUACUCUCUCAAGCUGAUCUUAGAUGUUCUCCUGCUGCCUCUAUUUGUUGCUGUGUAUAUCUGCAGUGCAGGAUGUUCUGCAAGAGAUUGUCUGUGGCUCCCCCCAUCCUGGGAUCCCCCCCCCUUUUGUCGCAUUGAAGCAAACAAAAGUCACAUCCACUGUUCAUAAAUUUCAUCGCUUUUGAAUAUUUCCUGAUAUUCAGAAAUUGAAGCCAAAGUUUUAUUUAUCUCCUUCCUAAGUAUAAAUUGUGCUGAAAGUCAUAUUCAUUUUAAAAUAAAGUAUAGGAGGGAAAUCAUGAUUGAUUUUCAAAAGGGUCUGAAAAUCUACCAUCUGCACUAAUAAAUUUACUGGGAAUUGUCAUCACAUGCAAACAUAGAUUAGCUGUGGGUUUUUUAAAAAAUAUUUAAUUUUUGAAGGUUUAAAGUGCAAUCUUAGAUGUUCCUCCUCAGAAGUGAGUCUCAUUGACUUCAAAAGAAUCAUACUCCCAAGUAAAUGAGCAUAGGAUUGCAGCUAAAGGGUUCAAGCCAGAGAAAGCAGUUCAGUGGGACAUAGGUGCAUAAGUUAAGCAGUUAGGUGCCAUUAAUUUCAAUACUCAUUUUUCUUUAUUUUUGGAUUUCAGCCCUACUUAUUAAGAUUUAUGGAUUUACUUUCAUCAUAUGAGCAUCAUGCACAUUUCACUGUCAUUAUUCUUACUUAAAAUUAAGCACAUUUACAAAUCUGUAUAUGUUUCAGGUUUUAUUUUGGAAUAUUAUCCCUGAUUAUUGAUUUAUGUACAGUUUUGCGCAGAGUGCUGUGCUAUGAGAACCAGUGUCGCAAAUGGCUAACGUGAUAGAUAUUGGGUGUACAGAUCCCAUGUUCAAAUCCUGCCUCAGCUGCAAUGCCUACUGAGUGGCCUUGGGCAAGUCACACACCCUCUCAAUCUUAUCUCACAGGGCAUGUCUGAGGCUAAAAUGCUACCCUGGGGAAGAUACAAAUAGAAUAGUCCUCAGGGGACACAGCACGAGUGAUGGCACUUUGAGUGAUGCUGUGGGGAUGCCUUCAGCAAUGAGAAUAAGAAAGAAAAUCAAGUGAUAUGCUGCAUCUCUUCUGGCGAAGCUGCAUAUCUGCUUAAUAGUUGGUAUUCUUUAGCAUAAUAAUCAUAGUUGCUGCCAUAGCAAAAGCACAUUAGUCUUCCAAGUGCAAAGGACCCCAAUAGCAUAUAUGGACACACACACACACUUUAUGAUGAUUUAUAAAUAUUCUGACAAAGGGGGUUCUUUCUCCAUAAUUCCCCAAGUGUUGGCAAUUCUGCACAUGGAUAUUUCUUCAUUCUUAACCUCCACUCCACCUUCCCAAUUCAUCAUCAUUGACAAUAACAAGGGCUGUACCAUAAAUGUCCUGGGAAAGGGUUCUUGCCUUUUCCACAAAUCUAGAAAGUCGUAGGAAUUUUGGGUCUCACCAGAGUGUAAAGAAUACAUGAAACCAAUGCACUGUGAAGUGGAUGAGAGAGCCCUGCCUCUGUCCUCAACCAGCUCUGGGAAAGCAAGAUUUUCUGGCUAUUAAGCUGGCCUGACCAAUAUGAUUUGUUUGGGUGGAAUCCAGAUUUGAAGACGGCAACUAAGGAUGCAGUCCAUGCCCCAUCAGAAAGCUGACCAAGGGACCACUGGAAGUUACUUAAGUCCACACACCUUUCUUGUUCAGUUGGAAGGGGAAGUUAUAGCCUCUGCCUGCUCCUCCUCAUUAAGGGCAUCCUGUUAAAGGGAUCCAGGGUGUGGAUUCUGUGGAUUAUGCCCAGACGUGGGCUAGGGCCAUGCCACGACCCCAACAGGGACCUCUCGGGGUGCCCCUAUUUGAUGUAAGUCAUAGGAGUCCCCCUGUUGGUGGUUUACCCUUAGAUGGACUCCCUGAAGACAGGCAGGAGUCGAAAUAUAGCCUGGCACCACCCAAUGCCUAAGCCAAACCGCUCACAUCUGUAACCAACAAAGUUGUAGCCUAUUUGAUCCCAUAAACUGAAAUGCUCCUGUCCAUGUGUUUAUUAAUCACUAGGGAACUGUGGGUCAUAGGGCCUUGGCACAUGAGUGCUGCUCUGUCAGCAGACAGGGAUGACACUAGCAUCACUGAGAUGGUCCUCUAGCAGUGUUCCACCAGUGGAAUGGGGAAAAAUGGGUCAUAGUGGUAACAGGCUUAAGUCUGGUCAGUGAAAGCAGGGGAGUUAUUGCCUCUUCAAAUAGGCAAUACUGAGGAUCCCAAGCCUUAGGAAUGGUUCUCAUCCAUUGACAUUUCUCUCUUUUUGGCAGCCGGGAAACACACAUCUACCACACGCCAUCUUUCUGCUUUAGUCACCCCAGCUGGGAAGUCUUAUGAAUGCCAGGCUCAGCAGACAAUCACCUUGACCUCCAGCGACCAUCAAAAAUCUGUAGUUCUCUUGCUGUCGGAGGUCCGCCUUCAGCCCUUUGACAUCAGCUCUGAUUUCACCUUCAGUGAAGGUAAGGGUCUUGCGGGUGCUGGGAGAUGUUUGGGUACCAUUUGGAAAGAUGAGGUGGCAGCACUUGGCCAGCAAAGCAGGCAGCUUCCAUGGAAAGCUGGGAUGGACAAGGGACACAACACAUCUUCUUUAUUAUUAUUUUGAAAGAAUAAGUUAUCCUGUCCAGAAUCUCAGACAAAGGCUAAGAAUAGCAUUCCUUCAGCUAGGAACAAGCAGAUUUCCCCCAUCCCAUUAUUAUCUUAUAAUGGAUGCUUUUUCCAUCAAGGACCAUUGACUCACAAAUAAAAUCAUUUGUGGGCACAAACAAGUGUUCACUAAGUGUAUUAAUUUAUAACUUAAUUGUAUUACAGGUUCUUAAUUUCUAAAAAUAAAUGGCAUAAAUAAAUACAAAUACUAUAAUGGCUGGGAAUGGCUAAGUUGCCUGGUCCUGAAGAUGCAUUAGGUUGAGGACAAUAAUUGUUCCUGGAGAAGGAGGCAGGUGAAGACAUGCUCCUACUUCUUCAAUUGAGUAGAUCUUAUUUACUUCUAACUUUUUUUGUUGGAGCAAUAGUGCCAAUCACUGGGCUGUAUGGAAGCAAGAUUCAACAGUGAAGAAUUCUGAAACUCCUGGGGGGGGCAGCUGAAUAAGCAGGGGGGUUGGCACCUGGUCUUUGUGUUGGAGGUGUUGUCCCCAAAACCCAUUGCAAGGGCUUAGACUGCCCUACAUUCUACAACCUGCUUUUCUGUUUAACGUGGAUAAUUUUUAACAUGAUUCCCCCGCCCUUAGUUUUCCAUUCAUAGCUGAAAGUGCUUUGUGGUUGUGACCGAGGAAUCUAUAUUGCUCACUUCUCAUAACCAAUCACUAUUUUGGCAAAAUGCCACAGCCAAAAGGGCAAUGUCCAAAUCCUUUGCUUCACCUUCUUCAGUCCUGCUCUAAAUUUUCUGAGCAGUAAACCAUUUCCAAUGUCUUUAGCCAACUGCCUUUCUUAUAGAAUAGAUAUUGUAGAUACAGUGGUACCUCUGGAUGCGAAUGGGACCCAUUCCGGAGCCCCGUUCGCAUCCUGAAGCGAACGCAACCCGCAUCUGCAUGUGCGUGGGUCAUGAUUCACAGCGUCUGCGCAUGCAUGUGACAUCAUUUUGAGCAUUUACGCAUGCAGGAGCGGUGAAACCCGGAAGUAAUGCGUUCCGUUACUUCCGGGUCACCAUGGAGCGCAACCCAAAAACGCUCAACCUGAAGCUACUUUAACCCGAGGUAUGACUGUACUCCUUUUGUCAUAAACUACUCAUGGCAGAAAAAAAGUGGAAGGUUUCAGGUUUACGAAAUGUUCUGGAUUUCCAUAUGAUUAUAUAUAUGAAGGUGGAAAUUUGUUAAUUGUUGGCAUGAGUGUCAAAGUCUUAUAUGCACAGGUAGAAACAAAACAUAAGAAGGACCCUGUUGCAUUACAUCAAGGGUCCUGUUAGUCCAGCAUCCACUGUCCAAUAGCAACCAACCAAUGGCUUCUGGGAAUCCCAGGUGUAGGAAAUCAAGGCAAGACCCCUUCCUUAUUUUGACCCUAGCAAUGGGUAUUCAGAGGUACUCAGACUCUCAACACAGAUAUUCAUUUUAUCUAUCAUGGCAAAUAGCCAUUGCCAGACCUAUCUAUCUAAUCUGAACAUUUAGUUUUAUCAUGCAUAUUUCUUCCUUUAAAAAACCAACAAAAUUAUGUAUACUGUGUUUUGAUAAGUUAUAGGUUGACUUGUUUUUAAUGAAUAUCUUAUAUUGUUUUAUGUCAACUGCUUAAAGGUCUUGAUAAUUAGAUGGUAUAUAAAUCCUGUUAAUUUUUAAAAGUCCAUCCUACUUUUAAAGCUGUCUGGGCCAGUCACCAUUACUAUAUCUCCUGGCAGUGAACUCCACAAAUUAAUUAAGUGUUGCAAAAAUAAGUUAUUUCUACUUUCUGCUCUGAAACUACUGCCCAUCAGUUUAACUCAGUGACCCCGAGGGUUAAUGCGAACACUGAAGACUAGGGUUAAGGACUCUUGUGCACCACUUAGGAUUCUAUGCACAACUGACCUUGGCAGCCUGUUUUUCCUUAAUGAUAAAAUUACAAACUAUGUCAAUUUCAAAGGGAAGGCACUCCAGGAUGAGUGGGAGAAGCAUUCUUGCAUUACUUUGUUAUUUUCAGGGCUGCCCGUUAAAUGAUUUCCUUCCUAUUGUUUCCAGUGGAAGGGAAAAUACUUACAGCAGUUCCAGGACUGGCAUAUGUUUCCCCCUGUUUCAGUGACAUGUUGGGGAACUGGAAGGCCAUGCAUCUUUUCGAUCAGUUCCUUCCCCCAGUGUCAGGGAAUCCGAUCCCGCCACGGUAGGCUGCCAGGAAUAGUUAGACAAGGAAAGCUCGUACCAACGUCUUUUAUUCAAUAUUCACAGAGAGAGGCUUGGAAAUGUAGCCUCUUGGAGUAAUGGCGUUGUUCUGUGAAAACUUCACCCUCCUUCUCUCCUCAGUCGUCAGCAGCAGCACUCACCUUAUGGUGGCCUCUUAGGGCCAUUUGCCUCCGAGUCCUUUGCUCUCCUACUUUCAAUGUUUGCCGGGUUCUGGGAGAAGAAGGGUUUGGAAUGCUUUCUAGUUAUCAUGUGUCAGCCAGCUGCUCUGGCUCUGCUUCCCCCGCCUCUUCUCUCAUUAUUUCCCAACUUUGCCCCUCAUCUACCUCUGAGCCGUGACCAUCUGCAAACCACUACUGUAAAUCUAUACUGUCUUCCUCUUCUCUGGAAGGUUCAGGAAGAGGGGGAAGCGGUCUCCACCAGUCAUCCGACGAUGUCCAGUCCCUGACACCCAGUCUGCUCUGAUAUUCCCUCAUGCAGCCUUUUCCCCCUGCAUGUGAACUUCCUGGAGCCAUCAUGGCCAUUGCAGGAAACAGGAUGCUUGACUGGAUGGGCCAGUGUUCUGAUCCAGAAGGAUUAUACCUAUGUUCUCCAAGCUGUCCAAUUUCUUACUUAACCAUAGAGCUCACAGGUUGACUCUGGGCCAUAUUUUUGAAUUCAGUAUGGCUUACGCCACAGGGCUGUUGUGGGAAUAUUGUAUGUGUUGCCUUGAGCUCUUUUUAUGGGAAAGAGUCCAUUUUGUUGCAUAUAAGCUCAUGUUUACUGGUACAGAAAAUAACUCUCUCUCUGUCUCGCUGCCCCUCCCUGUUUUCUGUUCAUUUAUAUUGCAGAACAUAAGUGCCCAGUAGACCAAAGAGAACAGUUAGAAGAAACCCUUCCUCUCAUUCUGGGCUUGAUCUUGGGACUUGUUAUUGUGAUCACUCUCGGCGUUUACCAUCUCCACCUCAAAAUGACUGCUAGUCAAGUCCAAAUCCCACGAGACAGAUCUGAGUACAAACAUAUGGGAUAG